AUGUUCAUGAGCGUCCUAGAUCGUAGAUCAAAAGCCUCGUCAAUAGGAAACCGAAUGUUCCCGAAGCCAAAGCAGUCAUAUCGACGUUCAUACCGUUGUGGUGCGGUGUUCGACGCGCCAGAGGUGCAACGUCGAGUUUUCUGUUCAAGCACUCUAGCACCUCAUACCUUAAAUAGAAGCGCCAACCUCUUUGCAAAUUGGCAGUUUCUCGCGAUCCAUGAUGAUGGAUCAGUGAUUUUGAAAACUCGAGUGAAUUUUACCUGCGAAGGCCUCAACCUAUAUCUUAUCUUCUUUGUGAUUGAUUCAGACGUUGAAAGCGCCUCACUUUCUGCAAUCACACUCACGAGUUGGCGGAAAAACUCCUUCGUUUCGUUCAGGUACUUUCAAGAAACACCCGCUGGUGCUCCUACAUUGGGCCGGUGUGAGUUUAUUGGUUCUCUUCAAGCCUUGUCCCUCUGA